AUGGAGGGGGAGGGGCUAUGGGGGCCCUAUAGGGCUCUAUGGGUCUCUAUGGGUCUCUAUGGGUCUCUGUGGGUCUCUAUGGGUCUCUAUGGGUCUCUAUGGGUCUCUGUGGGUCUCUAUGGGGUCUCUAUGGGUCUCUAUGGGUCUCUAUGGGGUCUCUAUGGGUCUCUAUGGUCUAUAGGGGUCUAUGGGGUCUCUGUGGGUCUCUAUGGGUCUCUAUGGGGUCUCUAUGGGGUCUCUGUGGGUCUCUAUGGGGUCUCUAUGGGUCGCUAUGGGUCUCUGUGGGUCUCUAUGGGUCUCUAUGGGUCUCUAUGGGUCUCUGUGGGUCUCUAUGGGUCUCUAUGGGUCUCUAUGGGUCUCUAUGGGGUCUCUGUGGGUCUCUAUGGGGUCUCUAUGGGUCUCUAUGGGUCUCUAUGGGGUCUCUAUGGGUCUCUAUGGGGUCUAUAGGGGUCUAUGGGGUCUCUGUGGGUCUCUAUGGGUCUCUAUGGGGUCUCUAUGGGGUCUCUGUGGGUCUCUAUGGGGUCUCUAGGGGUCUCUGUGGGGUCUCUAUGGGUCUCUGUGGGUCUCUAUGGGGUCUCUAUGGGUCUCUGUGGGGUCUCUAUGGGUCUCUAUGGGGUCUCUGUGGGUCUCUAUGGGGUCUCUAUGGGUCUCUGUGGGGUCUCUAUGGGUCUCUAUGGGGUCUCUGUGGUCUCUAUGGGUCUCUAUGGGGUCUCUGUGGGUCUCUAUGGGUCUCUAUGGGGUCUCUGUGGGUCUCUAUGGGUCUCUGUGGGUCUCUAUGGGUCUCUAUGGGGUCUCUGUGGGUCUCUGUGGGGUCCCUAUGGGGUCUCUAUGGGUCUCUAUGGGGUCUCUAUGGGGUCUCUAUGGGGUCUCUAUGGGUCUCUGUGGGUCUCUAUGGGUCUCUAUGGGGUCUCUGUGGGUCUCUAUGGGGUCUCUAUGGGUCUCUAUGGGGUCUCUAUGGGGUCUCUAUGGGUCUCUGUGGGGUCUCUAUGGGGUCUCUAUGGGUCUCUAUGGGGUCUCUAUGGGUCUCUAUGGGUCUCUACGUCUCUGUGGGUCUCUAUGGGGUCUCUGUGGGGUCUCUAUGGGUCCCUAUGGGCUCUAUGGGGUCUCUAUGGGUCCCUAUGGGGUCUCUAUGGGUCUCUAUGGGGUCUCUAUGGGUCUCUAUGGGGUCUCUAUGGGUCUCUGUGGGGUCUCUAUGGGGUCUCUAUGGGGUCUCUAUGGGGCCCUAUAGGGGCUCUAUGGGUCUCUGUGGGUCUCUAUGGGUCUCUAUGGGGUCUCUAUGGGUCU